UGGACCAGGGUAUUAUAGUCUUUGCGUUGUUGCGUGCGAGAAGUUGCUUGUAACUGUCACGUGCUUUCCUAAUUAUAUAUAUGUUUUUUUUUUAAUUUCCUUUUUCCCGGCUUUUGAACUUCUCACUCAACUUCUCUCUCUAAACUGUUUCCCAACUUCUCUCUGAAUUUCUCUCUCCAUUUCAAAUUUAAUUUCAGUGAUUAUUUUCAUCCAUUUGCAUCAAAUUACUCUUCCGAUCUUCUUUUUUCUAAAAAAUGGUGAAGAAAGCGGCACCGAAGAAUCCGGCAGCGAAGAAACCGGCAGCGAAGAAACUUGAAUUCGACAAUUCCGUCGCUGAAAUGGCUGUUGAAGCUCCUCGAAGGCGAGGAAGAAGGCCAAAUGCUGUUUCUGAAGAAAUUCCUGUUGCUAAGGAAUCUGUGUCUAUAAAGAAGAACAAAAAGGCUGGCAGUCCGAAAUCAAAAGCAAUUGCGCUUGUAUCUGAAAAAGAACCAAUUGAAGAAGAACAACCUAAUCAACUAGUUUUACAAAAUUCUUCUCUGGUUGACGUUCCACAGCCUGAAUCUCAUCAACUUCAUUCACAAGUUUUGAAAGAAGUUGGCGCUGAUGGCCUGCCUAUCGUGUAAGUGUUAGUUUAAUUUAGUUAAUUGUUCUAAAUAGUUACUAUAUGUUCAAAAUAGUUACUAUGUUCUAAAUAGUUACUAUAUUUUUUAAAAUAGUUACUAUAUGUUGUAAACAGUUACUAUAUGAUUCCAAAGGUUACUAUAUGUUGUAAACAGUUACUAUAUGAU